AUGGCGAAUGAUCACGAAGGCGACGGGACUCAGCGCGGAAGACACACUCGAUUCUUUAGAUAUCCGAAGACUGAAUAUCGGUCUGAUGGAAAUUUGAGAGCAUUCAAAGCGGUCUCAGUUGUGCCAACACUCGGAGAUCUGCGCGAGGAGCGGCCAUUCCUCAUGCCGAACGUCGUGAACGGGGCGUAUGCUGAUGUGACGGAGUAUUUGGGCACUCAGUAUCAUCUCCUCCGGGAAGAUUACGUAGCACCACUCAGAAAUGGGAUUCAGAUGUAUCGACAAAUCUUCCUCAACGGUCAAUUCAUAAACCGAGGCACUCUGAAGAGGAUCGAAGGCGUCAACUUCUACGUAGACGCAUAUUUCGAUCGUCCAGCUCGAUAUGGAUUGCGUAAUUCCUCGCUUAUGCUGAGGCUGUCUUGGCCGGACUACAAUUUCGUGGAUUGGGACCGCACCACUCGACUGAAGAACGGGUGCAUACUUGGGAUCUCGAAAAAUAAUUUCAACACUGUGGAUUUUCUCAUAGUGUCCCAAGAACAAACACCGAGUCUAUUGAAAAGAGGGAUUUUGCUCGUCAAAUACUUAGAUGAGAAGGGGAGACCGAGAAUGCACGAGAAAUUGUUGAUUAUAGAAAACUCCACCGCCUAUUUCGAAGCGUAUCGCCACAACCUCAAAGUUAUACAAAUGAUGGAUCCUCACACUUUCCCUCUCCAGCAGUAUCUGGCAGGAGCCGAGCGCAGGGUCAAAGCUCCAUGCUUUCCGAAGCUAAAGCAAGCGCUUGAUUUCAAACCGAUCUUGAAUAGAAACGCUCCGGAUAUGAAGAAAAGUUUUGAAUGGCCGCUACUUUCCCAUACGAUACUGAACGAUCAGCAGCUCAAAGCGGUCAGAAGUGCCUUCGACCGAGAACUGUGUGUGAUACAAGGACCGCCGGGAACAGGAAAGACCUUCGUAGCUCUGCGUAUAGUCGAAAUGCUCCUCCUGAACCGUGUCUCGAAUCGACCAAUUCUUGUUGUAUGCUACACGAACCACGCUCUCGACCAAUUCCUCGAAGGCAUGCUGGAGUACACGAAGGAUAUAGUACGCGUAGGAGGAUCUUCGAAGAGUGAGAAACUGAAAAUGUACACUCUCAACGAGCUGUUGAACGAGUCGAACCCUGAGACGCAACUCGAGAUGGAUUUUGACGAAUGUUUUCGGUGUCUUGAUACAGCUGCCGAGAUUCUCGUUAUGUCCUCUGAAGAUUUAUACUUCCACUCCAGGCACGCCCUCUUGAGCGAUGGAGAGGUCAGCCUGGGUGGGGAAGGUUUAUCUAACUUUCUAGGGUUGAGCUCCCCGACAAACCUCAUCUCCGGGGGUGGAGGAACUUCGGACUCGAGGAAAACGCGAAGGGAUGUGAAUUUUCUCAGAGACCACGAUCGCGGGCAGAUAGUGAGAGACAAGAAGUCUUUCGUGUCCCAGCGCGUCCUGGUGGAGGACAUCCUGGAGUCUCAACGCUUGGAGAUCUAUAAUAAACUCGGAGGACAUAAGUGCGAACGGAUCACGGCUGCAGAAGCGCGGCAGCUUCACGAAGCAAUCAACCGCGGUAAAUCUCUGGCUCUCAAGAAGCGGUGGAAAUUCUAUCGCCACCUUCACUGGUCUGUAAUGGAAACAUGGGCCGAGGCCUACAUCGGAGAAUGUAGGAAGCUGUCCACGAGCAACGGGGUCUACAUAUCUCGGCAGCAAGCGAGCCGAAUCCGCCGAAGUGGGGAUAUCAUCCUGCAAGCGAUUCGCUACCUAGAAUGUAGAAUCGAUGAAAUCGAAGCUUCCCAUACCAAGGCACAACGAAAGAGCCGCAAGGAAGAAAUGCAGCAGAAGAAAGUCGAUAUAAUCCUCUCUAAACGUGUCGUGGGAAUGACUACUACGGGUGCGGCAAAGUUCAACUGUCUCCUAAAAGCUGCUAAGCCCCAGAUUGUGAUAGUUGAAGAGGCCGCUGAAGUAUUGGAAUCUCAUCUCCUCGCCUCACUCACCCCGUCCACAAAACAGUUGAUUCUGAUCGGAGAUCAUCAACAGCUUCAGCCCAGUACUGCUGUCCAUCGUCUAGCCACGGAGUUUAAGAUGGAGGUAUCGCUUUUCGAACGACUCAUCAACAACAAAAUCGAGUUCGUCAAACUCAACGAGCAACACCGUAUGAGGGACGACUUCCUCUGCCUCCUCGUACCACACAUCUACGAGAAUUACUUCUCGCAUAACAACGUUAAUGAGUAUCCCGACGUCAGAGGAAUCACGCCGAACAUGUACUUCAUGAAACAUUCGCACAAAGAACUCGCCGAUCCUCAAGCCCAUUCGAAAUCGAACUUGUUCGAAGCGCAAAUCGUGGUCAGGAUGGCAUAUCAUUUCCUCCAGAACAAUUACGACAAGACGGAAAUCACGCUCCUCGCUACUUACAGAGGACAGGUGGCAGCAAUCGAAGAAGAAAUAACGAAAUUCUGUGGGGACAACGGCUUCACGGAGAUGCACGACGUGGAAACUUUCAAACGGGGUCUGAGGGGCGAGUUGGAAAUCGUUGUUGAGAGACUUCCGGAGAAUCCGAGCUUACCUUUGAGCCCAUUCGAAGGAAUGCGUGUCACGACCGUGGAUAAUUAUCAAGGGGAGGAGAACAAGAUCGUCAUUGUGUCCUUGGUCAGAUGCAAUGAUGAGUCGAAGAUCGGAUUCCUGUCUCGAGAGAAUCGAGUGUGCGUCGCAAUGUCGCGAGCUAAACACGGUCUCUAUUGCAUCGGAGACAUCCCUCUACUCGCGAAGGCGUCCAGUCUCUGGGCUCGCAUAUCCGAAGUCCUCAAUGAAAAGUCUAUGAUCGGUGACGGUAUGACUUUGAUCUGCGAGACCCACCGGAAUCGGCGAGAAGCUCGAACCGCCGAAGAUUUCGAUGAGUGGGCGAGGAAGGGUUGCGGUGACAUUUGCGCAAAACUGCUGGACUGUGGACACAAAUGCAGUUGGCUCUGUCACGCCGCGGAUCCAUCCCAUGAGGGAGCGCGCCGCUGCGUCAGAAAAUGCUCGAGAGUUCAUCCCUGUGGACAUUUGUGCCUCAAACUCUGCCAUGAGGAGUGCGGACCCUGCGCGGCUUCCACCUCGCGAGAACUCGAUUGUGGUCACACCGUACAGGGCAGGUGUGGUCAAGACAUUCUGUGCAAGAAGGUCGUUGUUUGGAAACCUCCCUGUGGACACGAUCGGAGCGUGGCGUGCCAUCUCGUCGGUUCCGCGAAUCUUCUCUGCGGGAAGCCUGUGAGCCUCAGUCGUCCCUGCGGGCAUGUCCUGAGAGCAAGUUGUAAUGCUGUGCCCAAAGACGACUCGUGCUCCAUAUGUGCAGAGAAGAUGAACAAAAAAAGAAGCAGGUUUCGCUGGUAUCGUUAGACGCUCUCCGCUUCGAGUAAGUCUGUCCUAGAUCACACCGAUUCUAAACGAGAGAAGUGUCUUCAUUCUCCCGAAGGGGCUCACCCGGGGACUCCCCAUGGAUCUGUAACGUCUGCCAUUUAUGCUGCCGGAGCGCGAGACUCGUGUAUUUUGUAAGCAGGCUCGUGCGAUGAAGAAAAUGGAAGAUGAGAGCGACAUAGAAGGUUUUUAUGCCGAGUGUAAACACAUCCGGUUAGCUGGCGCUCAGAGGUUCAGACUACUGUCCGGAGUCUGAAGAACGACCGUCUUCAGCCAAAUAAAUAACGCAUAUUAA